AGAUUUUUCAAGGAUUUUUUAAGAGAAUUUUCUAGAAAUGCUGAUUUCUGCCAAAAAAAACAAACAAACAAGCAAAACAUAUUGCUUUAGCUUCAGUCACAUCUCAGAACUUUAUGAAAAGUGAUCCCAUUGUUUAGAUAUAAUGCACCAAAAAUAACUUUUUUCCAUGAAUAAUACAAACCGGAAGUAUUCUUUUACACAUUGGUGUUCCGUCGUAAUGGGACGUUUAUGAAUCGUGAUUGUAAUACAAAGUGGUUCCGUGGCCUGAUGACAUCAGCUUUGCGGACGAGAUGUCGAGUGGAGUAGGAAAGCACAAGAUGAUGGCCCUUGGGCCCACUGAGCCCUGGUCCGUCAGGGAAAAACUGUGCCUUGCCUCAUCUGUCAUGAGGAGCGGCGACCAAAACUGGGUGUCAGUUAGUAGAGCCAUCAAGCCUUUCUCUGAGCCUGGACGACCCCCGGACUGGUUCUCACAGAAGCACUGCGCCUCUCAGUACUCUGAGCUGCUUGAGACCACAGAGGCACCCAAGCGGAAGCGUGGAGAGAAGGGAGAGGUGGUGGAGACAAUAGAGGAUGUGAUUGUGCGCAGACUGACCGCUGAAAGGAUCGAAGAGCUCAAGAGACUCCUCAAAGACACACAGGAAAAGUACAGGAAGUUGAAGAGAGAUGUGGAACUGAUCCAGGCAGGCCACAUGGACCCCAGACUGGAGGAGCUGUGGGGAGAGAUUGAGCUGAAACGGAAACAGGAUGAGGAGGAAGCAGAGCAGAAGAAGAGAGCUACAGAAGCAGCCUAUCAGGUACGCCAGGCUGCUAAGAACACGCCCAAGCGUAUCUCCAGUGUCUCGGUGCGUUCCCCGCUGGGUGCCAACUCUCCAAGCAUGGACCCACCCAGUUCUGAUGCUAGCCAGUCGCUGACAGAGGAGCCCUGUGCCAGCCCUGCGGCUCCAGCCGUGGGCGUGUUCAUGCCAGUGGAGGCAGUCGGGCCCAAGGAAAGCCUGGGGGCUCUAGUGGACGAGUCCCCACAGAAGAAGCUCCUCUCCCAGAAGGCCACACCGCCGCCAUCCCCUCUGUUGUCGGAGCUCCUCAAGAAAGGCAGCCUUAUCGCAGCCAGUCCACGCCUGGUGGUGGAUGGAGAGGUGGCAACUGCUCUGAGCAACGGCUCGCAUGGAGUUGAGGUUCAUGCUACGGCCUGCACCAUCCCACAGGACAUCACAACAGAUGCGCCCACUCUGUCCCGCCUCCUGGAGACCACCCCUCCGAGUCACCAUGGCAACAGUGCAGAGCCCCCUGUUGUUACCCAUAGCAACAAUGUAGUAGCCCUCUCCCAGAUGGAGCACCCAGCCCCACCCACUACAGCAGAGGAGGGGUCCACGCUGGCGGUCCCCAGCCCCCAUCAGGAGCAGCCCAGGGAGGGGGAGCUGGUGGAGGAGGACCUGGUGGCCCAUGUCUCCUACAUGGGCGACGAGCUCGACCUGGAGACUGUGGGGGACAUCAUCGCCAUCAUCGAGGAGAAGGUGGACGACCCAGUGGAAGCCCUGGAUGCGGCGGCCGUGGAGGCGGCCCUCUCCCUGUGCGAGGAGGCGGUGGCCGGGGGCCACACCCUGCAGGGCCCCUGGGAGCCGCAAGGCUUCAAGUCCCUGGAGGCACCGGGCCCCUCUGAGCCCCAGCAGCAGCAGCCCAUCACCCCCACCGGACCAUCGGCCCCCUCAGUGCAACCACCAGCAGCACUGGUGGCCUCUCCCGUAGCCACCCCCGCCAUGGAGGCCAGCUGCCCAGCCCCCGCGGAGGACGAGAGGGCCAUGGAGGUGGUGGGAUCACAGCCACCCGAGGGUAUGAUGGAGUCGUCGGCCUCGGAGGGGGGAGAGGACUUAAGCCAGGGAGUGCUGGUGCAGGACAGGGGAAUGGAUCCUGGGGCUGCCUCAGGCGCGGAGGAGGGGGUGGUGGGCAUGGAGGCCCAGGUGAAGGGGGAGGCGGAGGGAGAGGGGAUGGAGGAGGGCCAGGCAGAGGAGAACCGAGCGUCCACCCCCACCAGCGUCACCGUCAAGCAGGAGAGGGAGGACUGGAGCCAGCAGGAGUCGCACACGCCGUGUCUGGAUUCUGAAGACAGCUCAGCAUCAGGAAAAGAUUCAAAGGAGCUGAAGGAGGAGGACGGGGGCAGUGAGGUGGACGGGGAGGAGAGCCUCCUGGAGAAGGAGGGCGAGGGGGAGGGGGAGGGGGAAGGAGAGGGAGACUGCGAGGGCUCCUACGUGUCGGAGCUGGAGCCGCCGGCCAGCGAGAGCGAGGACGGCUACGGCACGCACUCCCAGAGAUACACCACCGCCGACUCCACCGCCAGCAGCCCCGCGUCCUCGCAGUUUGAAUACAGUUUACUGCGGUAUCUUCAGUCAUUGCAUGUCCGCUCCAUGUGCAGCGAAGACCAGGAGGCACUUCAGGCUCAGAAAAUCUGGAAGAAAUCAAUCAUGCUGGUCUGGCGUGCAGCAGCCAAUCACAGGUAUGCCAGUGUCUUUCUUCAGCCUGUGUCUGAUGACAUUGCCCCGGGUUACCACAGCAUAGUGUACAGGCCCAUGGACCUGUCGGCCAUCAAGAAGAACAUCGAGAUGGGCGUGAUCCGCAACACGUCGGAGUUCCAGCGCGACAUCAUGCUGAUGUUCCAGAACGCCAUCAUGUACAACAGCUCGGACCACGACGUCUUCCACAUGGCGCUGGAGAUGCAGCGCGACGUGCUGGAGCAGGUGCAGCAGUUCCUGGCCACGCAGCUCAUCAUGCAGACCUCGGAGGCCAGCAUCGGCACCAAGAGCCUGCGGGGCCGCGAGGGGGGGCGCAAGCAGGACCCCAACGAGAAGGAUGGCGGCACAAGGGGGCGCCGUAGUGCUAUGGAAGCUGACAUGAAGAUGAAGAAGCCCUGACUUGAAUGGACACACUACUACGUUGAAAGGAGGAGUGCUGCCUCUGGUCAUGUGGUUGUGCUGACUUCAUCUCCUCUUCCACGGACAGGAACUUGACCCUCUGAGCUCAAACUAUGAUUCAGGAUAUCUACGCACUUGAUCAUGCUCAGGCAAUUUUAUCAUGAAGAAUGUAUCAUUGCCAUUAUUAUUAUAAUUGAUAAUAAUAUCACUCUACUGGUCAAGCUUAGGUGUUGUGUCAGUUUACCCACUCUACAUGUAUCUCAUAUUUCUGAAGAUGGUCUAGUUGGGACGUCGAAAUGUAGCUACUGAUUUGUUAAUUGCAGUUUGCAGAGACAUGAUGACUCGCUGUUGGCGAUGUUCCAUGGUCAAACAAAAUCCUUUCUGUUGGCAGGGCACCUCAGAUCUCAUAUAACAGCAACACUAGGUUCAAAAACGUUCUGUAUGUGUAUGUGUUGUUAAAAUCAGAACAUCUGCGAUUAAAGGGAUGGUUUGAGUUUUGUACUGUAGGUAUGUAACGGUAUAUGAUGUGUGUGCUAAGGUGUGGAAAGCAGACAGAAGUGUUUAGCUAUUGAAGAGUGUUUGCUCGCUUCCUACAUUAAGACCAAUGCAGACCCUAACCCAUUAGGUAGGGGGUUUGUUGUUCUUGGUGUGGUAGACAGAGUUUAAAUGUUACAUUGCCAGAAUGUUAUAGCAUUUCUAAGAUGGUUGUUUAUGCAAGCCAUACAGUAGGUGAUUGAUCGCUAAGGAUAGAAACUGCAAGCUUAAGCAGAUUUUCCAGCAGUGACGCGCGACUGUCCUACCCCCACCAGUAACACACGAGGCUGUGUGCAUGCAAAUGGAUGGAGACAUUUGUCAUGACUGCAGACUUGAGAAGAUGUAGGCCUCGUGACAAUGUAAAGUGCGCUUUUGUACUUGGCGGAGCUUUAAAAAAAAAAAAAAAAACACCACCACAUGCAACCCAUCGAUACCACAGCAUCUGAGUGUGUGCAAGGUAUUUGUGGAAAACUCAAUAGCUAGUUGUGUACAUAUAAGGCGGCAGUAUGUGUACAUAUUUUGUUUUGUAUGUUAUUUUAAAGGCUGUAUUGUCUUGUCACAGUUGAUUAAAGAGAUCAUGAAACAACUUGA